GAGUACCUCUUACAUUAGUAAUUAAUUUACCUUUUAGUCCCUCUUUCCUCCCCAUAGGUUGGGGGUAGGGAGUAAGACUGAAACAUUCCAAUUCUCUAAUCAUACUUUGCUUUAUCCUAUGGCAGCCCCCAUCCUGAGGGAGGGAGCCCAUAGCCGCAGCCAAUUGAAAUUCCAAAUGUCUUAAAAGCUUAUAAGUCAGGAAACAUCAGGAAAACCAAAUAUAUAUUUCACAGCAUCACGUGUAGCUUCACUGGCUUUGAGGUAAAACUCAAUUCCUGCCAUGGACCUAGAUAAUACUUCUCCACGAAGAAUAAGCAAGAUAUAACAGGAUCUGAUCUGGCCAUCCUGGAGAAACACUUCUCCACCAAAAUCAGACAAUAGUUUCAUACUUCAGUAGCUGAGAUGUUUUCAACUGAACCCAAGUAGAAUGGUGACUACAUUGGUCAUUUUCCAUUUUUGUAUGUUUUUCAUGCCACCUAUUACUAGUGCCAAUGAAAUUAUGCCUGCUUUUACCAUAGAUGGCUUACCCUUAUUCUUUUCCCACUUCCAAGAUUAUCCACAUUUAUUUCUAUUAUUUUUAAAAGUAAAAUUUUUAACUGAACUGGUUUUUCCUAUUCUCUUUUUAAAAAAAAUUUGUGUUCCACCUCAUUUUCAGAAGCAAGACUCGUGUUUGGAUUCAAAUGACAAAAGAAGACAUUUUUUUCAUUGACCCCCUACUUUGUCUAGGCAUGAGACCAGAGCUACACCAGCAACACUUGACAGAACAUCCCAGAUUCUGCAAAGAAUUAAUCCAAACCUGGGGACAAGUAAGAAUUCUGUCCUUUUACUACAUCCAGUGAUGUUUUCCAUGUAUUCUUCUGGAAACCCUAAGUUCACCAGGUGCCGUUCACCUGAACUAGAGACCUUUUCAUGCCACUGGACAGAUGGGGGUCAGCAUGCUUUAAAGACCCCAGGAUCCAUACAGCUGUUCUACAUUAGAAGGAGCACUCAAGAUGGGAUCCAAGAAUGGAAAGAGUGCCCAGAUUAUGUCUCUGCUGGAGAAAAUAGCUGUUACUUUAACUCAUCAUAUACCUCCAUUUGGAUCCCCUACUGUAUCAAGCUAACUAACAAAGGUGGUAUGGUGGAUCAAAAGUGUUUCUCUGUUGAGGAAAUAGUGCAACCUGAUCCACCAAUUGGCCUCAACUGGACUUUACUGAACAUCAGUUUAACUGGGAUUCAUGCAGAUAUUCAAGUGAGAUGGGAACCACCACCCAAUGCAGAUGUUCAGAAGGGAUGGAUAGUUCUGGAGUAUGAACUUCAAUACAAAGAAGUAAAUGAAACUCAUUGGAAAAUGAUGGACCCUGUCUUGCUAACAUCAGUUCCAGUGUACUCAUUGAGACUGGAUAAAGAAUAUGAAGUGCGUGUGAGAUCCAGACAACGAAACUCUGAAAAAUAUGGCGAGUUCAGUGAGGUGCUGUAUGUAACACUUCCUCAAAUGAGCCCAUUUGCAUGUGAAGAAGAUUUCCAGUUUCCAUGGUUCUUAGUUAUUAUCUUUGGAAUAUUUGGUCUAACAGUGAUGCUAUUUGUAGUCAUAUUUUCUAAACAGCACAGGAUUAAGAUGCUGAUUUUGCCUCCAGUUCCAGUUCCAAAGAUUAAAGGAAUUGAUCCAGAUCUCUUCAAGGAAGGAAAAUUAGAGGAGGUGAACACGAUCUUAGCCAUUCAUGAUAACUAUAAAUCUGAAUUCUACAAUGAUGACUCUUGGGUGGAAUUUAUUGAGCUAGAUAUCGACGAUCCUGAUGAAAAGACUGAGGGAUCAGAUACAGACAGACUUCUAACCAAUGACCAUCAGAAAUCACUUAAUAUCCUUGGGGCAAAGGAUGAUGACUCUGGACGUACCAGCUGCUAUGAACCUGACAUCCUGGGGACUGAUUUCAAUGCCAGUGACUUGUGUGAUGGUAUCUCAGAGGUGGCUCUGCCACAAAGAUUAAAAGGUGAAGCCAAUCUCUUGUGCCUUGACCAGAAGAAUCAAAAUAAUUCACCUUAUCAUGAUGCAUCCUCUGCCACUCAGCAGUCCAGUGUUAUUCUAGCAGAGGAAGGCAAACCACAACCACUUCUUCUUGGUGAAAAUGAGUCAACUCACCACGUUACCCCUACUCAAAUAAGCAAUCCUAAUUCACUGUCAAACAUUGACUUUUAUGCCCAGGUAAGCGACAUUACACCAGCAGGGAGUGUGGUCCUUUCUCCAAGCCAAAAAAGCAAGGCAGGUAUAGCCCAGAGCAACAUGCAUCCAGAAGAAGUCACACUCUGCCAAGCAAACUUCAUCAUGGACAACGCCUACUUCUGCGAGGCUGAUGCCAAAAAAUGCAUCACGUUGGCCCCUCACCUGGAGGUCAAAUCACACGUAGAGCCAAGCUUUAACAAGGAGGACGUUUACAUCACCACGGAAAGCCUUACUGCUACUUCUGGAAGGUCUGGACCAGAAGAACAUGCUUCAAGUUCUGAGACACCGGUCCCAGACUAUACCUCCAUUCACAUAGUGCAGUCCCCACAGGGCCUGAUCCUCAACGCGACCGCCUUGCCCUUGCCUGACAAAGAGUUCCUCUCCUCGUGUGGUUACGUGAGCACAGACCAACUGAACAAAAUCAUGCCAUAGCCUUUAUCGGAUUUCCCAAGAGUGACAUAUUCAAUCGCAAAGAAUGGGCUGGGGAUGAAUGCUUAAACCAAAACCACGUUUAAACCUUUUCUGGAAUAAUGUGAGCGUGGGUGUGGCUUCUCUAAAUGCCUUUUGCUGAAAUGUUACAACAUGAUAUUAAAAUGAAAAAAAAUAAGAAUGCUUAAUCAGAUAGAUAUUCCCAUUGUGAACUGUAAAUAUUUUAAAGAAUUGUCUCAAAGACUGUGUAGUGGCAGUGAUUGUCUUAUUAUUGUGGGUGAUAAUUCUGUGACACUAAGCAUUGAAUGGCUACAUUUUUAAUGUAUACUAAAUCAUGCUUUUUGAAAAAGCAAGGAAAUCAGGUGGCUUUUGCAGUUCAGGAAAUUGAAUACAAAUCAUAGAACAGACUAAUUUUUUCUUUUUUAAAUAAUUGGGUACUAAAACUCUAGGUGAGAAGGCAGAAAUAGUUUGAAUAUGUAAAACAUUUAUUUUCACAUAAAAUUGAUAAAGAUAUUUUAAUAACUUAGACUUCAAGCAUGGCUAUUUUAUAACACACUACGCACUGUGUACUGUAUUUCAUGGUGACCCAUCUAAAGAAUGUAGCAACUACAGUCUAAAGCUGGUUUAAUGCUUCUGUCUGUGCACCAAAAGAAAAACAAACAACAAGUUUGUUUUUUACAAAGCCCUUUUUAUACCUCCCAAAACUUCUUAAUCAAUUCUAAAAUGUCUAGUAGCCUACAUUACUGGAACAUACUCAUUUUAAUCUGAUUUUUAAAUGAAUAUUUUUUAAUUUACAAAACUUAAAAAUGUUUACACAGAUCAAUAUACCACAAACCAAAAAGAAAAAGUGAAAAACUUUAUUCACCAAAUUUUAGCUCAAGCUGGAAAGCUAUGUGCUAAGAGAAGGAGAAGUUAUAGCUGGUCCUGACUGGCCAGGAUGUGUAAGUGCCACCGCGCACAUAGUGGUGAGGCUUUUAGAUGCUGAGCUUGGCGUUAUGAUCAUCUAAGCAGGAAUAAGGUACAAGCAGCAUUUUGUGAGUUGAAGCAGGUCAAAUAAAGUUGACUGGGUAAUGGAACAGAAAGUUCAAGAAAUAGGUGUUUGUUUAACAGCCUACAGCCAGACACAUACUCAUUAUUCUUGGUAAUGCGACAGAGGAAAUGAGGUUUUCCAUCCCAAAGAUAACUCAGAAAUAAUCAAACCAGUAGCAGAAACUUUCUCUCAGACCAAACUUUUUAUAGGACUUACUUUAAAUCAUAAAAGAAGUUCCAGAAUUUAUUUCUACUCUGAAAAGUUUGGCCUCAAACCAGGUAGUCAGAAAAAAAAAAAAA